AUGCCUGUGCAUGAGUGUAACUCCCACUAUUGUAGAUCGACAUACCCGUAUGAAAAACUAAAUCCCAUGAUUACAGAAAGAUUACUUUAUACUGACAAGAAAGCUACCAACUCUUUUGUGAAUAAUUUGUGUCUUCUUAGGAAAACUCGUACUUGUCGCAACCAACAAGAAAUGUCAUGGGGGCUCAAUGAAAUUUGUAUUUUGAUGCAAUGGCUGUUGGAAGGAGGAGAUCUGCUACAGGAGCAGCCAGUUGGCUUUGAAGUCCAGACGCCAGUUGGUGUGGUCAUGGCUAUGCUAGUUAUCGUAAAACACUAGGCAGGGGUCUUGGGUUGGAUGUCCUUUCAGAAAAGCCUUUUUUAGAAGUUAUUAAAUGUGCCUUCCCUUUUAUAAAAGCCAUAUUAGAUGAGAUAUGUGAUGCUGCAAAGCAGCAAAUGAAAGAUAUCUCGUCAGAUGUUUUGGGUUCCUGGUCUCGUGCUGUCACCACAUGUGAUGGUUGUUGGCAGAUCAGGGGCUAUUUCAGUCAAAAUUGCACUUUCAUUAUAAAAAACUAUCUGACUGGUGGCCUUCUUUACUAUGGCCAUCUGUCCAUGAGAGGUGCAGAUAAAAUUUGUGAUGAGGAGUUCUGGCAGGGCACAGCGAAGGCUGCUGAGGGUCACUUGGCUCAGGUCCUGUGGUCCAAAGCAAAGGAUGAAGAUUUGAAGGUGGAAGUAAACUUGCAGGAUGCAGACUCCUCAUCUGCGUUAGGUUUCAGAUAUUCUUUCCCUCAUGAAUUAGAGUCAAAAGUUAUGUUGUGUGGGGGGCAUGUGGGAAGGGCCAAUGGUAAGAAACUCCAGGAGCUUCAAAGCAAAUCGACUGUUACUACCCAGUUCAUUGCCCUUCACAAAGAGCAGUUCCCUAAUAUACAAUCGGUGAAGUGCUGUUGUGCUGGCAAAAAGCAUAGAAAUAUUUGUCUCUAAAAAAGACAAACCUGCAUGUGGUUGUAUCGGUCCUGGUUUUAUCCAGAGUGCCAAGAGAAACCAUUACUGUGUUCUUGUUCAGGCUAAUAAUGACCCUGAGAAAUACAGGGUAACCAUGCUCACACUUGGAAAGUACCACAGCAGGGACAUACAUUCAUGGGAGGAGUGUUCGUUUCAUCCGUUAGUAAAAUGUAGUUGUAAAAAAUGUGAUGUAGAUUUAAAUGGGUUUUGUCCAGAAAUGAAAUGGUCUGGGGAAGCAUACCACUCUGCUCAUGUCCUGAAGUGUGACUUUCAUGGACUCCUAUAUGAGAUUGAGUGUGCUAACAGAGCCAAAGAUGCAGAGAAGGUUAUAGACCCAAACUUAGGUAAGGGUCAUUCUAACCUUCCUGGUCGUUUAGUGUCUUGACUAAGUUUAGGGCUAAGGACACCAAUUUACAUCAGACACACUACCAGGCAUGUACCAACCUUGGCUUGCUACAAUUAUGUAUGACCUGGUGCUACAAAGUAAAAGGACCAGAGUACCACUGGAUAUUAGAGCUAUACUCCAGGAUGGGAUUACCCAUUAGUGAUGGAAUUCAAGAAAUGAUAUGCAUUGUAAAUAUGUAUAGUACUUGGGGACCGAUCGUUUAUUACUUCUCUGGGGUGUUAAAAAACAUAUAUCAACAAAAUAUGCCCCUAUAUUUUUUGUAAAUGAAAAAAUGACCCCCUGUAACUUGUUCAACUAUAUAGAUUAAAAAUAUACCACCACCACCCUUUUCCCCUCCAAAUUGUCAGGUCUGGUGAUGAGGUGCUAGUAUCUGACUGCAUGGAUUGACUGCAAUCAUUCGGUAGCGGUGGCACUAAGAACUAGAUGGCACAUCUUGUUUUAAAAAAUUGCUAUUAUUUCUGGAAUUAUGUUGUAUUUAUCUUUCUUUUUUUAAAUUCAAACUGGUAGAUAUAUUUUGAAUAUUCAUUUUAAUGUCAUUUUAAUUUGUAAGAUUCGUUCACAAUUUUAAAAUUUAACCCCCUUCUUUCCCUUUAGCAAAAUAAAAACUACCCCCCCUAAAAUCGCCAUAUUUAAAAAAUUAACCCCCUCCCCCCUCAAAAACCACCGCCCCCCCUAAGACGUAAUAAACAAUUGGUCCCUUAUGCUUAUUUUGAUUUCCAUAUAAUAAUCCAGAAAGUUUCAAUAAUUUUUCUGAAUUUGUACCAAUAUUUAUCUAGUAGAAGACAUUGACAUGUUUUUAUGUCAACUUUAAACUUUUGCAGUGCCAACGAAAACAAAAAGGAUAAAAACAAAGAUUGAUCGUACAGAAGAUCAGAAGCUAAGGUGUGUUUCUUAUUCCUGAUUAGCAUACUUGUAGCAGCAUAAAGAAUGUAUGACCUAUUUCGGUAUAUGGUACAUUUUGUAACACACAUCCACUUGACUUUAUCACAGGAAGAAAUAUACUGCAAAAUGCCAGAUACAGCAUUCCUAUGUUGGUGAUGACGAUGAUGACAUCGACGAAGAGUUGGCCAAGGCUAUGACAGAAUGCUAUUAA